AUGAUGAACCGCCCCGGCGCCGGCCAGUUCCCUCCACCGCCGUCUCCUGCACCACCACCUACACCACCGGAUUCGCAGUUCAUCAUUGACGUCGCCGCGGAGGAAGAGUCGCGGCGGCGUCGGGCGGAGCUUUGGCGUGCAGAGCAGCGGCAUCGGCGGGAGGCAAUCGAGCAGCGGGAGCGUCAGCAGCUUGAGGCGGCGGCAGCAGCGGGAGACCCCGCAGCUGAGGAGAACGCAGCGUGGAAGGAGGUGGUGCUGGCGGACACCAUUUCGGUGUUCAACGCCGCCACGGCGGAAGAGGCGCGGCGGCGCUGGACGAAGCAGAUGGCCGAGUGGUGGUGUGCGGAGCGGCGGCGCCAGCGCAUGGAGCGGGAGGCGCAAUACCGUGAACGGCGGGAGGCGAUCGAGCGGCGGCGGCGGGAGGCGGUGGAGCGUUAG